AUGCACAUUUUUGGGAAGUAUUGUCUGGUCAAAGCAACUUUCAACCAAACGAGAAAUGAUAGUCACGAGGUGAUGCUGUGGGACUUCAGUCAGGAAUGGACGUGGUCUAUUUGCAUUCCAGCUUCGUGCUCUGCGAACGAUCUCAUCAGACAACUUGAAUUUUCUCUUGAGGGUGUUGCUGACCAUGUCGAAGAGGUCCAUUGCAAAAGUUCGUUGGAUGACAAUGGUCCGGAUUUUGCAUCUUGGUCAAUGAUAUUUCUCACGUUAGCGUUCAUCGUGUUUGUUCUGGCAGCAACUUGGAUCGAGUACUGUUCAAUCGAAAUUCCUUAUCAACCGGCAAAUUCUGUAAUACCAUCAUUCUCUCUGAUAACGAAUCUGAAAGUGCUACUGAACACAGCUUCACCAGGGUGCAUGAUCGACAAUAUUCAAGGCAUCAGAGUUAUAUCAACGCUUGCGGUCUAUGCUUUUCAUCGGGCUAACAUCUACUACUACUUAUCCAUUGUCAACCACUCAGAGGUAGUGCAUAAGCUGACUCAUAGCAUGCUUGGAAUGCUGUUUUUGAACGGAAUCUUGGCAGUUGAUAGUUUCUUCUUGAUUGGCGGCACGGUUUUGGCCCUUAGUUUCACAAGGGAGAGGAAGGCGCAGAUUGAGUUUUCCUACUUCAAGCAUGUCGUGUAUCGUUACUUGAGGCUAACUCCGGCGUAUUUUUUCGUCGUUCUUAUGGUCAUGACGUUUUUCUACGACCUCGGCGACGGACCGUUUUGGGAUUUAUCUGUUGGAGCGGGCAGGGAUUUGUGCCGCAAAAACUGGUGGACGAACAUCCUAUACAUCAACAAUUACUUGCCACGCGUUCACGAGGAAUCGUGUAUUGGAUGGACAUGGUACUUAGGCGCAGAUAUGCAAUUCUAUUUGGUAGCCCCGCUAUUCUUGUCCGCUCUAUUGAAAAAUUGGAUAUGUGGAGUACUAUUAAUCGCUGUAACGUGCCUAGCAUCAUGCUCAUACAUAUUUUGGAUAACGUACAUCAAAGAUUAUCCCCCGACGUUCAUCUUAGGCUAUAAUCGUCCGAAACGAUUGCAGUACCAGGAUGACCUUUACUUUCCGGCACAUGCUCGAAUAUCUCCAUAUUUGAUCGGCCUGUUGUUGGGAUGUCUCCUCAACCACCACAAGGAAAAUAAGAUGAAGAUAGGUUUCUGGCCAAGGGUAAUUGGCUGGACACUUUCGAUGAUCAUCAUGGUAACAGUGCCCUACGGAUUGACUUUCUACUACUGGUUUGGUUCAGGCCCUCUCGUCGCAGCUCUGUACAGUUCUCUACAUCGGCCAUUGUUCGUAUUGGCUAUUUCCUGGGUCAUAUUUGUCUGUGAUCAAGGUUACGGAGGUUUCGUAAACCGAUUUCUUUCACUGCAGCUCUUCCAGAUCCUGAGCAGAUUAACCUUCAGUUUCUACCUCAUUCACAUUCUUUGCAUGGAAUACGAUUUUGCCACGAGACGCACCGCUGAGUACUUCUCAUAUUAUAAUAUGCUGCAGGCCAUGGCAUUUGAAAUCAUUGUCCUGCUUCUUGCUUCUGCCGUUCUGUCACUUACUCUAGAGUAUCCGAUCAUUCACUUGAAUAAACUAUUCAUGAAGAAGAAAACGGAGGACAUUUCAAAGUUUACUCAAUCUUUGGAGGUCGUGCGUAGUCCGCCGAAGAACGAACCGGAGUCAAUUCAAACCCCAACAAUCACUAUCACAGUCUCCGAUGGGUCACAAUGUUAGAUCGAAUCGCCCAGCUACCACCUAGCAAAAAAGCGGACUCUAAAUAUUGCAAUAUGUACCAAACUUAAUGCGACUACCUUUUUGAUACAGUUGCAAUUUUACACAAGUAUUUUAAGUUUUGAUUCAUAAAAAUGAACCGUUGGAAGAUAUACUAUCACUUUGCGAUGGAAGCGGUUCUUUCUGAUACCAUAGGGUUGAAUGGAGACAAUUUUUUUAGAUAUAGAAGAAGUGGUGUGAGAAGAAAUGAGCUGACUCUUCGCGGCUAGACCCUCUUUUUCGAGGUAAAAUGGUCAUUUAUUAUUUAUUCCGGCUCGACUCGAGUUAUAAUUUGGCGCCAACUAUUCAUGACUGAGGUAUGGUUGAGCCGUUUAUUUAAAAAAUGUGCCUGGUUGGAUUUUUUCGAAAUUGAGUUUUUGGCGAGGAAGUAAUGUUUUUCCUCCUCCUGUGUAAUUUUUCUUGUCUUCUGAAAUUUUUUUGAAUGGAAACCCUUAUCCUCGCUUUUUGAUUUUCUGUGGCCCAUUGCCCAUAAAUUGAGGUCCGGCUGAAAUUAAUCGGACGUAUUUAUGCUUAAAUGGAGCUUUAUUGCGCGCUAACCUUAUCCUUUCAGCAUAAAUACGUCCAAUCAGGAAUGAUCUAUUCAUUCAAUAAUCAGGCCUGAGCCAAUAUCUCUUCUUUUAACGUGAAAAAACGGAGCAAAUAAUAAAAGAGAAAGGAGAAGGAAUAAUGGUGCCAGAGGAAGGAGAAGAGUGAAAAAAAGGCGGGAAAGGAUGAGAAGCAGGAGAUAGAGGUGAAGGAGAUGG